AUGACAUCUACGGAGACGAAAUGGGAUUCAGUAGUCGCGAGAAUACCGGAUGACCGGGUUAUUGUGUUUUGCGAGGAAAAGCUCCUCUGCUUCGACAUUGACAAUGGCACCGACUUGUCACUCACGAUCUUCGUUUCCCCUGAGAAACUGACGAAAGCUUCUCCUGAUGUCUUCAUGUUUGAGCCAAAUUGGCAAAAUAAAGAACAACGCGUGGAUAAAAUGCCAUCCGACAAUCCCCAAGUAAUGCUGAUCCUCCUUGCGAUCAUACACGAUGAGAAGCGCUUCAUCCCGGAUAAGGUCUGUGUUAUUCAGCUCUAUGGUCUCUUGGCACAUGCUCGACAAUUUGGUCUCACAGGGAGUUUGGGCCCGCACCUCCAAGAUUGGAUGCCCACAGAGAAAGAAAGAACCGACUCGCCUGACAAGGAAUACAUUGCCUGGAUUGCUUGGGAGAUCGGCGCGAAAGAAAUAUACAACGAAAUGGUCAAUCACCUAGGCUCCAUGUGCUCCGGUGAUGGGAAAGGUAGCAUCCGGUGGCCAGAGACACCCGACCCUAUAGAGGAAUAUCUUGCCGAAGCGAGAAUUAUUGUAAAGGUCCGAAAUCGACUCCUAGGUUUCAUGUUCACUGAGCUGAGAAAGAUCAUGAAAUUUGGCGAGAAUGAUAGCAAGCACUGCCUUAAAAUCGAGCCCACAGACAGUAACCUAAAUCACGAUCCAUGCACAGGCCUCAUCCGAACAAUGAUGACUGCAGAGUCCUUGACCACCAUCUGGGGAGAGCAAGGUUUCGAUGUUGCUCUUCUAUUCGAUCAGGAUGUAUCGAAACAUCCGGAUUAUUCAGGCAGUGCCACAGAAUUACGAAACACACUCUUGAGUGUGGAAGUCAAUUAUGAUGAGUUACAUGACCAUUGCAAUCCUUUUGAAGGAAUGAAGAGAAAGUUGGGAGACGAAUCUUACUUGGAACAUCUGGACGUUGUUUCAACGCAAGAGAAAUUGGACCAAUUUCAAGCGCGAGCUCAAAUAUCGGGAUGGAAGCCACAGUAG